UUCAUUGUAGUAUAAAAUUAAUAAAAUUAUGUACGAGUUGUUCUUCGCUUGUUCUACGGCAUUGUGUUCGGGACCGCGAUUGAUAAGGGUCCCCGUGACGUAAUCGCAGUAGCAGGCUCGACUACACUCGGCUAUGCGUAUCAGUGAAAUUCCUAGUCCACGGCGUGAUGACGACGAUGAUGUCACAGUUCACGAUAUUUUUUUGAUAUUAUUAUUUUGAAAUGUUUUUCCCGAGAGCGUCGUCCUAGUACGGUACUGCGGUGUAAAGCUGUUGUUACUGUUGCAGUUGUCGUUGUAGUUGUAGGUAGGUACGUGCGUGAGUAGUUGCGGGGCGAAAACACAUAUUUUGUGCGCGACUAACCGCCGCCGACUCUCCUCCAACGCUUUUUCAUUCGUUUCGUUCCGUUGUAUCUUUUUUCGCCGUCACACCUCAGUCGUGUUUCUGUUUUCGUACUACCUGAUGUGCUUGCAAUGAACGGGAUGACGUUUAGCGAGUUGAUGUACCUGUUUUGCUGCCCGCCCCUGCCAUCCCGCAUCGCCGCCAAACUUGCGUUCCUUCCACCGCCAAUUACGUACGACUUCACGCCAGUCGACAGUGGCGAGACCAAAUACCAUAUCAAAUUCAACGAUAAGGCUGAAUGGCAGUACACUGACAGCGACGUUCAGAACAUUGAGGGAUUCUAUGCUCGCACGUCCCGUGGCAAUCGCAUAGCAUGUAUAUUCGUGCGAUGCUGUCCCAACGCCCGUUACACCAUACUGUUUUCGCACGGAAACGCUGUGGACCUAGGCCAGAUGAGCAGCUUCUACCUAGGAUUGGGAAUGAGGAUCAACUGCAACAUAUUUAGCUAUGACUAUUCUGGCUACGGCAUCAGCAAGGGCAAGCCGAGCGAGAGAGAUCUGUAUGCUGACAUCGAUGCUGCUUGGCAAACAUUAAGAACCACCUAUGGAAUCAGCCCCGAGAACAUAAUACUGUACGGUCAGAGCAUUGGUACUGUGCCCACUGUCGAUUUAGCAUCUAGAUAUGAAGUGGGAGCUGUAGUCCUUCAUUCGCCAUUGACAUCCGGCAUAAAAGUAGCAUUUCCUAGGUCUAAAAGGAAAUGGUUUUUUGAUGUGUUUACCAGUAUUGAUAAGGUAUCAGAAGUUAACUCUCCGGUGCUCGUCAUACAUGGAACACAUGACGAAGUAAUUGAUUUUUCACACGGUGUUGCUAUUUAUGAAAAAUGUCCUAAAGCAGUUCCGCCACUAUGGGUUGAGGGUGCUGGACACAAUGAUGUAGAAUUGCAUAAUGUUUAUUUGGAAAGACUUAAACAAUUUGUUACAACCGAACUGCUCAACUGACAUUUAAUUGAAAAAAAAGAUGCAGAUACAUCGAAUGGACAAUCGCCCAAUAUGGUAACUAAUGGCUCAGCGACUGAGAAAUUACUUUGGUAAUUUUUAAUUAUUAUAUCUAAUACUACAUAUUAGUGAAUAAUUUGUAUAAUAUUUAUCAUAUUAAAUAUUAAUCGUUCAUACUAUUUUAUCAUCCAUUACAAUUCAUGUACAAUAUUUUUUUUUUUUUUUGUUAAUCAUUCGCUUAAUCGUUAUUAUUAAGUCAUGACUAUAUAACACUAUUCCUAAACAAGUAUUUUGAAGUUUAAACAAUAUAUUUAAUAUUAAUAUAUUAUAUGACUUGUGUAUUAUAAUAAUUAAAAUAAUGUAUCAGUGUUUUUUUCAUCAAAUUAUUAAAUUAUUGUAUGUUUAUUAUUAUUAUUAUUUAUUAUAGGUUAUAUUUGAUUAGGUUUAUAAAUUAUAUUAUAGAUUUAUCGUUUAUACCUAUGAUAUUUAUAUUAUUAUUAUUAUUAUUAUUAUUAUUAUUAUUUUAAUACAGUAGAGUACCUAUUAACCGAAUUAAUAAUUCUUAAUUUUAUGUGAAAUGUGAAUUAUAAUUCUUUUUUUCCAAAGAAAAUUUGAAAAAUACAUUUUUCAUUUAUAAAUAUUGGAUUUUAACAACAAAUCCAAGUUAAGCCAAAAAUUGGUGCUCUGCUGUGGAGUUUAUUUAUGGUUUACUAGUACUGUUUUAAUUAAUGCAAAUUAAAUUAUGAAUAUUGAUUUUUUACUAGUAAAACACUAGACAUGACUUUAAGUAAAAUAUUUUUUGAAAAAAAUGUUUAUUAUAUUAUUAUAACGAGUGUUUUUUUUUAAAUUAUUAUUUUGAUUUUAAUUAUAUAUUAAGUUGAACAAAACAAAUAUUUUUUACACGCACAUUGUUUUGUAUGAUAUUUUUUGAAUUCAAACAUGUUAUAUAUUAUAAACAUUUGUUAUAAUAUUGAUAUAAAAAAAAAAAACAAAUACUUUCAAUGUUUUUGUGGCCUUAUAAUAUAUUUCAUGUACCUUCUUCAAUGUAAUUUGUAUGAAAUUAAAACACUAUUUCUCAUAUAAUUUAUUAAUUGUAAAUAAUUAAAUACCAUUGAUCUAAAUAUAAUACAUGUAUAGAUGAACUGGUGAUAUAUAGUUGUAUUUGGUGACUAAUAUAUAUGUUACAGGAAUAAUAAAAACAUUGUUAUUUGGAAAAAAAAAUUAUAUUUAUAUACAAUUUGAUGUGGUCUGCAAUGAGUGUUAGGACAAUCGUUAGGUGGUGAGUAGGCGAGGAUUGUUGAAAUCAGAACACUAAUGAUGAUAAUAUGACUACUAUUACCGUAAGAUUCAUAGUAAUAAUAAUAAAGAAAAAGAUAAUAAUAAUUAUGUGGUCACUCCUGAUAUCUGGGUGUGAUGGUACAUAAUAAAUUAUAAACAACUAUGUUUAGAAUGGUUAGUGAUAAUGGGGCACAGAAUGGCAGAUAGCGUAGAUCACGGUAUGAGCAUUUGCUACUCAAGAAGGAGCCUAUCCACCCUUUUGUUGUAUUGCUUUGGUUGUCUGGCUUUCUUGAGGUCGUUGGACUAUAGUAGUUGAGAUAAAACAGUAUGCGAAACCGUAACGUAGUAUUAUGUAACACAGAUCCAAAUCAAAGUUUAAUCUUAAUUGGAUGCUAUUGUCGCAUGUGUUGUCUCUGUCUUACAAACAUAUAAAUUGUUAAAUUUUUGUUCAGUAUAGAAUCAGCUGAUAUAAAAGUGUGGUAUAGUUGAAUUUGAAUGGAAGCUUUAAUGGAAAAUUCAAAAUUAGUCACAGAAGCGCAAUGCACAGAGUAAUGAGUAUAUUUUUUUUUACUAGUGUUUUCCCAGACAUUUUCCUUGCAAAGUGCAUUAUUAUGUUUGAAAUCACAUAACUGUUUCUGUGCUGAAUUUAAUUUGUGCUUAUCGUUCUCUAAGUUUAUUGCAAGAAAGUUUUUUAGAUAGUUUAGACAUCUUUUUUUUGGAUAGUUUUGCUAAUACUAAUUUGUAUUUAUUCAAUUGUAUUAAAAAUAUUGAUUCAAAUAAAAUAAACGUAAAUACAGUUAGGUAUAA